AUGGUUCGGGGCGGAAUUGCAAUAGACCCCAACAGCGGAGACAGUGAACUUGAUUGGAAGUUGGAUGGUAGAAUGUAUAAGAAAGAUCAGAGCAGGAAGUGGAGACGACAAGGAGAAGAGGAUCAAGACAAUUUAUGGGAAGCUAGUAGAGAAACAACAGAUAAAAAAAUAGAAGCCAAUAGAAGUAGAACUUACCCGGUGACAUGGAGACCUCCUCCUGAAAAUUGGCUGAAAGCAAAUGUUGAUGCUGCCUUUCGAAAGUACAAUGGGACAGGCGCAAUAGCUGUGGUAAUUAAAAAUAGUAAAGGAAAUAUGCUAUUAGGAUUUUCAGGGAAGAUUCAAGUCAAAUCAAGCACUGUGGCAGAUGCCCAAGCAAUAAGACAAGCAUUAAUCAUAGUAAACAAUUUGAACAUGGACAAAACGCUAAUAGAAUCAGACAAUUUAAAGCUCAUUCAAACAAUUAAAUCCAAGACAACCAUAGGAGAAGCAUUGGCUAUCAUCCAAGAUAUUCAAAUUUUAAUGGAAAACUUACCUGAAAAAGGAAUGACUUGGCCUCCCAGGAAUGGUAGUCGUCUUGCUCAUGCAGUGGCAAAGGCUGCGGAAUCAGAAACGUUACAUUCGACCUGGAGCACUCAUCCACCUGCAGAAAUACAAAGUAUUCUUAGGAAUGAGAUUCGAACAUGA